AAUGUAUUACUAAGAGAUGAACAAAAAGUAAGAAUAGGCUGGUGUGUAACAAAAAUAAACAGAACAGUAUUAUUAAGAUUCUCUUGAUCAAUACAAUGGCAAACCUUAUGGAAAUUAUAAUCAUAACAAUCAAGAUAACAAUUAUCAGGAUUAUGAACAUUAAUAACCACAAUUAUUGUAAUAAUCAAAUAAAUAUGAUCAUUAUUAAUAACCUAAUGAUGAUGAAGCACUUUAUUAAAAAGUAUAACAGUUAUUUCUAUUGUUUAGUAUAAAUAAGGAAAUAAUGUUAAUAAACAAUAUUCAGCAAAACCACCAGUUGCAUAAUACAACCCAAUCACUGGUAUUGCAUAUGGUGCUCAAAAUAAUUAGAAUAGUUAGAAUGCCUACAAUGGAGAUACUAACAAUAAUUAUUAAGGUGGUUCACAUUAAAAAACUAAUCCAUAUGAAUAAUAAUAAUAAUAAUAAGAUGAUGCUCUUAGCUAAUUUAGUUAAAGUAUGAUUUACAUUUCUAUUAUUCUAUAGUGUAAUAGCAUAAAAUAACAUCAAUGAAAAAUAAGAGUUCUAAUAUCUUUAAUGUAGAUCUCUAAGAAACUGAGAAUAUAAACAAUACUAGAUAGAAUAGUAGAGUCCUCAGUAGAAAGAAGGAAUUAGAUGAGGCUUAAUAUAAAGGCUAUGGUAAUUAUUAAAUCUUAUACGUAGGAUAAUUUUAUAAGAAUCCUAUAGAAUAAGCUCCAACUUAAUAUAAGGAAUAAAAAUUUGUCAAUAGAAACAAAAUUGACAAUCAUAUAUUUCCUAAAUGA